UUACCUCGCAUAUAUUAGUAAAUUUUUAUAAGAAAAAAAAAAUUUGGAAAAUAUUUAACUGUAAAAUAACGAGUAGUAAAUUUUGAGAAGGUAAAAUUGGAAGACUUCAACAGUUACAAUGAAACUUAGUUCAAAAAUACAAUGUAGCAGUUUUAAAGAUUGUAUGUCUUUUGAUUUAUAAGUCCAAUUGAUAUUAAAAACAAGACUUCCGAGUAUUUCCGUUAACCAAAAGCAUCAUUUAUAAAACCAUUAAGAAUUCAAGCGGUUUCCGGUAGCACGAAGUUCCAUCGGAAUAUUUAAUGAUUCUAAAGACUCGUCAUGAAAACACCAAUCACUUCAAUCAGUAGUACAUCAUACUUUCUUCACAACAAUUGUUUUAAAUUUGAAAACUAUGUCCACAUUCUUUGUAAUGUAACAAAGCAGUUAUGGAUAUUUUGGAAGACCAGCAUUUUAAAAAUUACAAAUUUCUUAUGUCGUGUUACGGAGUGUGGCCCUACCAGCCACGUUAUCAAAAGUACUUACUGAGAUGUGUCGCAACGAUUGGUAUCUUCAGCAUUUUGACGCCCAAGACAAUCAAAUUUAUCGAAUAUUUGGGUGAUUUGGACAACAUGAUUCAGUGUAUACCGAUGAUUUGUGUGCAUUUGCUAGGUCUGGUAAAAUUUGCCAAUUGGAUAUUCAACGCCAAUGCCAUAAAAAGAUUGUUCGUGCUGAUGGAACGCGACGGAAAAACUUUGAAAUCUGAAGAAGACAAAGAAAUAAUGCAGAGAUGGCUCAUACGUACUCGCAAACUGACAUCCGCUUACACAGCUGCCAUGUUUCCAAUACUAGGACUGUUUUUGGCAUCGCCGGCUUUGCCCAAAAUUUUGGACUUUAUCAAGCCGCUGAAUCAAACUAGAGAUCUAAUUUAUUUGUAUGAAACUGAAUAUUUUGUGGAUCAACGGGAAUAUUAUCUGCCUAUUCUUUUGCACUACUACCUGUCCGUGCCAAUUUCUGUGGGUGGAAUUGUUUUUUUUGACAACAUGCUCGGGACGUUUAUACACCAUGAGUGCGCGAUGCUGGAAAUUUUGAGUCUUUAUUUGCAAAGAGUUAAUGCAGGUAGCCAUGCAAAAAAAAAUCAUGGGAAAGAAAAAUUGGAUAUAAUACGGCAGAAAAUUGUUCAUUGUGUCCAUAUGCAUCAACAUAGCAUGGAAUUUGCUUUACAACUGGACUCAUCUAUACACAUAGCUUACUUCAUAGUCCUCGGCUUGAGCUUAUUAGUCCUUACAGUAACUGGAAUGACGACGGUCAUAAAAUUGGACCAAACAAACGAAGCUCUCAACUAUGGCGCCUUCACAAUGGGCUCCAUUUUCCAUCUUUUCUACAGCAGUUUUCAAGGACAAAUCCUGAUCACGCAAAGUGAAAAAGUAUUUUAUUCUGUUUACACAUGCGAUUGGUAUAACCUCCCAAAUUACCAUCAGAAACUUCUGAAUAUAAUUCUGUUGAAAAGUGUGAAACCUUUCACCGUAAGUGCUGGAAAAUUGUACGUCUUAUCGAUGGACACCUUCAGUAUUGUACUCAAAAACGCCAUGUCUUUCUUCACCGUUUUGUCGUCGAUGCGAUAAAUUAUUUUGCAAACAUAAAUAAUUAAAAGUACUAUUUUUAAUAACAC